AGAUGACCACAGCCACCCCUUUAGGGGACACUACAUUCUUCUCAUUGAACAUGACCACCAGGGGAGAAGACUUUCUGUAUAAGAGUUCUGGAGCCAUUGUUGCUGCCGUUGUGGUGGUUGUCAUUAUCAUCUUCACUGUGGUUCUGAUUCUGCUGAAGAUGUACAACAGGAAAAUGAGGAUGAGGCGGGAGCUAGAGCCCAGGAGCCCCAAGCCAGCCGCCCCUUCUGUCCUGGGCCCAAACAACAACAGCAGCCAACACCCUGCAGCUGUGACCUUCAGCCCUGUUGACGUCCAUGUGGAGACUCGGUGACUCCUACUCUGGUGCUAUCUCCGCCACUGUCCAAAGAGCCUUCUCUAGAGUCAAGACCCAGAAGUGCACUUCUCUGGCAGCUUUGCUAUGAAUUCCUUCUGGUCAGGUCGACAGAGGCAUCUUUUAUGCAACUUCUGAUGCUUCAGGCAAUCCUCAACCUUGUCUGCCAUCCCACACCUGCUACGUCCAUAUCCCUGCUGCCACCUUUUCAAAAAGCUGUGGAACAUCCUUUUGCCAUCUGGUGAGGUAGUGUUAUGUUGGGAAUCCACUGAUGUGGGUUUAGCUCUUCCCCCACAAAUGCUAUAGCUAGCUAGACAGACAGACAGACUUAUAGCUCAGGAAUCUUCUGGUCAGGAGUCAGGGAUCAAGGCAUGCUUCUUAGAGUGUCACAACGG